CAAGCCAUGCUUCUCAUUUCAACCCCUCGCCGGAAGAGAGAGAGAGAGAAGAAAACAGAGACUCCUGAAAGGUAGAAGAAAACGAAAGAAGAGAAAGGAACCGAGGGUUUUAGGUUUUCUUCUCAAAACCAAAAAACCGCGCUCUCUCUCUUUCUCUCUGCAAAUCUCAUCAUCUCCUGAAUUUUCCUGCAUUUCAAGCAAGAUCGUCUGCAGAUAAUCCGUCCAUGGCGGCUCUGAAAUACCUGGAAUCGCAGAGGGAUGCCCAGCCGGAGCUCGCCGAGUGGUACAAUUCUCUUGCAGAUCUCUAUCAGAAGAAGCUAUGGCACCAGCUCACCCUUAAGCUCGAGCAGUUCGUCGCCCUCACCGUCUUUCAGGCUGGUGAUGCUCUCAUACAAUUAUAUAAUAAUUUUAUCAGCGAGUUUGAGACGAAGAUCAAUCUCCUAAAGCUUGCACAUUUCGCAGUCAUAGUUUCCAGACAGUAUUCAGAAAAGGAAGUUGCCAUUGCUUAUCUUGAUGGGGUGAUUGACAAGCUUCUUGCUGCUAGGGAAUUGCGGGUAGAGGAGCCGAUCCUCUAUGUGAAGAUGCAAAUGGCAGCAUUCAAACUUGAGAUGGGAGACCAGAAAGAGUGCAAGAAACUUCUGGAAAAUGGAAAGACUACACUGGAUAGCAUGACUGAUAUUGAUCCUUCUGUUUAUGCGAGCUACCAUUGGAUCUCCUCUCAGUACCAUAAAUCCCGUCAGGAGUUUGCAGAGUUCUAUAAAUGUGCACUUCUGUAUUUGGCUUACACAACAGUUGAAACUCUUUCAGAUUCUUUUAAGCUGGACUUGGCAUUUGACCUGUCCCUUUCUGCACUACUGGGAGAUAACAUCUACAACUUUGGUGAACUGCUAGCUCACCCAAUUAUAAAAAGUCUUUUGGGGACGAAAGUGGAGUGGCUUUAUUAUAUACUUCAGGCAUUUAAUGCUGGUGAUUUGGUUCGUUAUCAAGAACUCUGCCAUGUCCAUAGCGCUGCUCUUAGUGCACAGCCAGCGUUAGUUGAGAAUGAGAAGAAAUUACUGGAGAAAAUUAACAUUCUUUGUUUGAUGGAAAUCAUCUUCAGUCGCCCCUCAGAAGAUCGAACAAUUCCAUUAAAUAUCAUUGCAGAAUGCACUAAACUGUCUAUAGAAGACGUGGAGUAUCUUCUCAUGAAAAGCCUCUCUGUUCAUCUCAUUGAGGGCAUAAUCGAUCAAGUUGAAGGAACGGUUCAUGUUUCAUGGGUGCAGCCGAGGGUUUUGGGGAUACCCCAGAUCAAAUCGUUGUGCAGUCGGUUGGAUAACUGGGUGGAGAAGGUGCACACUGCUUUGCUAUCUGUUGAGGCGGAAAUCCCUGAUCUAGUAGCAUCGUGAUUUGUGAAUCUUGGCACCUAGUUUUCUGUCCCCUGUAACAAUCUACGGCUCCAAGGUAGCAAUGAAAAGGAAACUGCAGCUCCGAGUUGAGGUCCUUUCUGUAUUUUCUUGUCUGAUUCUUAUAUUUUUGUGGAAAGGGCUGCUUUGAUGCCUGACUGCGAGGCCUGUAUUUUUUUAAAAAAAUUUCAUAAUUUCUUCUAAAAUUGCUGUUGGAUCUUGAGGUCACUGAGUAGUGGAUUGCGAAUUGGCAGAUUCGAACGACUGUUUUCUGCUUUGCUUCCAUGAACCAUUAGGUGGUAUGUCGCAGGUAGUGUGUCCCACCUUUCAAAAAAGGGUGGUCUAAACUGAAAAGAGGGCAUUUAACAUUAAGAUAAUAUCUGCUGUUAUGGAAUGAUGGUUUCUUGAA